GAUUUCCAACCUUUCAGUCCACUUUGACUUCAGCACGGCCCAUGGUAUGAUGGUAUAUCUGUCUCCAUCAACUUUUAGACUACUGGAACACCCUCAUCCUGACACGGACGCAAUCAUUCUGUCCUCGUUUUGGAUACGCGACGAAGUGAUGUCACCCCUUUCCUGGAGGCGGUGACCCCUCUGUACACAGGUCCAAGCAGGUCCAAGCACCGUGCACGGUCCCACUAGUCGACACCGUCGCAAUGCGCAGACUGGAGGGCUGUGGUGGCUAAGCGCCUCGGUCAGGCCGAUAAUUCACUUGGUCGCCCUCCAGUGAGCCCGAGGCGCGGUCUCGUCGGUUUGAGAUCAUAAAACACGCAGGCCGGACAAGCGAGUCCGAGUGUUCAGUGCGAUGAUCGAGGAUUGGGGGAUAGGGUUCAUUAUGUGUGAGGGUAUAUAACCUGUGUCUCCUGAGUCCCCACACGAGUUCCCACUUCGCCUCCCUUUUCCUUCUUCUCUCUCUCUUUCCUCUUCCGCUUUGAAAUCGCCCUGGUCUGCGGGCUCCACAUCCGAAACCAGCUAGUUGCAUUUACGAACUCCACGAACUCAUCCGACUCACCUCUUGAGUUCACGACCUCUAUCCGUUCGAACCCCUUUCCACCCCGGUCAAAACAAUGGGCGCCCGUUCAUUCUGCUUCGCCUUCAUCCCCCUGCGCUUCGUCGCACUAGGCAUGUCUGCCUUCCUGCUCAUCGUCGGCAUCCUCUCCGCGGCCGGCGCUUUCGUUUUGUUCCCCGAAUUCCCGAAUAGUGAGGUCGGACAGAAGGCGGUUGUGGUCAUCGCUGGUGUGUUUUACGCAUUCGUCGCGCUUUCUUCGAUCGUCGGCCUCGCAGCCAUUGUCACCCGCACACCCCCUGUCCUCCAGCUCUACUCGACCUCCCUCGCGUGGUGCACCGUCCCCGAACUACUCAUCGACAUCCUCUACCUCUGGGCGUAUUUCUCGACCUCCCCAUCUACCGUUCUGAACGACUGCGAGGCGAAGAAUGGCGAGACGAGGGAUUGUACGUUGCAGGAGAAGGGCUGGGCGGGACCUGCGGUCGUUGUGCUGAGUGUGAUUGGGAUGCUGAUUGUGCAGCCUCUGACGACCUACGCACUACACGCCUACGCCUCCAAACUCUCCCAAGAAUACGCCUGGACGUCCGUCGCGCCCGUCGAGAACACAGAGUCCGGCUCAAACUCACCCUCACCCUCCACAUACACCAAAUCCAACUCCAACUCCAAAUCCAACUCCGACACCAACUCACCAUACACCUCCGAAACGAAACAUCUCCUCGACGACUCUUCAUCCGCAUCCGCUGGCCAACGCGAAUCGACGUUCUCGUUCCAUCUUAAUCAUUUACAACAGCAUCUGCCUUCGCCUCCGCACCUGCAUUUACAUCGACACCAGAAAACGGACUCGAAUGGGUCGAAUGGGUCGGAGGGGAGUGUGCAAGGGCAGGGGCAGGGGAGGGUGUCUGGAGAUGUGAAUAGGGAUAGGGAGUCGGCGGGGUCGUCGUUCGCGUUUGUGGGGUAUGAGAACGUGUCGCCUGGGCUGCAUCAUGACGUCGACAUCGAUCUCGAGCAGCACCAAGACCAAAGCCCGCACGGCAGGAUAUCUUCCGAGGAGACGUUGCUCAGUAACCCGCAUUCUCGCACGCACGGAUUAACGGCAACGAAGGAGGGGGCAAUGAAGGAAGGCGAAGUGGAGGACGCGGGGGAUUCUGAGGAGGAUUCGGAUAUGGGUGGGGAUAGGCCGUUUGAGAGUCUUUCGUUUCCGAGGAAUAAUAAUAAUAAGGAGAGGGAUUUGAAUCGGAUGUCGUCGUAUGAGAGUUAUGCGGAUCCGUAUUAUCGGUCUUCAUAGACUGUAUGGUUAGCUUGGAGUAUAGGUUUGAAGCGGGGACGAGGGCGGAUGGGGAGCGGGAUGGGGGUCGGAGGAUGGACGGAUGGGUGGACGGAUGGGACGGUUGUGCGUGGUGGUGGACCUUGGUGACAGUUAUGGGCGGCCUUGGGCGGUGUGGCACGUUCGGACCGGAUGGGACGUACGAAUUCUCGAGCUGGACAGGACGCCCCCCACGGCUCACAUAUCACUCAGGACCGUUAUUCUCCAGGACUCAUUUGGACUGCCUGGCUUCCUGACUUCCUGACUUCCUGACAGACCGGGAUUCUUUCUACGCGCGACACAUCAUCUUUUUCAUUCUGCUUUAUAUUCCUGCACGCUGUAUCAUCCGCCAAUCCUUUCGUAUCUUCUUGUUUUGCAUCGUUUAAGCAUUGUUUUAGCAUUAUUUAUUCGAUUCCCUUCGAUUCCUUCUCUCUCUCGUUAUAUACACUGACACCCGGAUCCGGCGAUACCCACCCUCCCACAUCUUUCGUUCACAUUGCAUCGUAUCGCAUUGCACUGUAUAUUCAUUGGAUACAGACCCGUCACGACGCGCGAUGUACAUGGACUUUGACGUUGACUAACUGCUGACAUUCGUAAGUUACAGACAUAGCCUACAUUCGUACAGUACAG